GCGGUUGGUGCCUGCGGGAUGCGCUGAGCAUUGCCCAGUUGCCAUAGAAACCAGCAGAAGGAGGUGGGCGGGGGAGAGAGAGCGCUUUUGCCCGCAGUCUUCUUGGCCAGUCUGCUGCUGGUUCAGUCUGAGGAAAGAGAGGCAGAGGCAGAGGCAGGACUCCGGCGACCCUCAGCCCCCGGUGGUGCCCCUCAGCAGGGGACGGCCCUCCCGCUCUUCAGCCCCAGCCUCAGCCCAGUGCAUGAGGUCUGGUGCUGCCUGCAGAGUGGCUGAACGUUUGGCAAUAAACAGCAAGGGUCACAAACCAUGUCAGGCUCCUAUGAUGAGUCUACGGCAUCUGCUGAAGAAAUAACUGACAGCUUCUGGGAGGUAGGAAACUACAAACGGACAGUGAAGCGGAUUGAUGAUGGAUAUCGUCUGUGCAAUGACCUGAUGAACUGCGUCCAUGAGCGGGCCAAGAUUGAGAAAGCAUAUGCCCAGCAGCUGGUAGACUGGUCUAAGAGGUGGCGACAACUAAUAGAGAAAGGCCCACAGUAUGGCAGUUUGGAGAAAGCAUGGAUGGCCAUAAUGACAGAGGCAGACAAGGUGAGCGAACUGCAUCAGGAAGUGAAGAACAGCUUGCUGAAUGAUGACUUCGAGAAGGUGAAGAACUGGCAGAAGGAUGCCUUCCACAAACAGAUCAUGGGAGGCUUCAAGGAAGCCAAGGAAGCAGAGGAUGGCUUUCGGAAAGCACAGAAACCUUGGGCCAAGAAGAUGAAGGAGCUGGAAGCAGCCAAGAAAGCAUAUCACUUGGCAUGCAAAGAAGAGAAGCUCGCUAUGACUCGCGAAGCCAACAGCAAAGCUGAGCAGUCCAUCACCCCAGACCAGCAGAAGAAGCUGCAAGACAAGGUGGAAAAGUGCAAGCAGGAUGUGCAAAAGACCCAGGAGAAAUAUGAGAAGGUGGUGGAAGAGCUGAGUAAGUGCACUCCACAGUACAUGGAGGGCAUGGAGCAGGUCUUUGAGCAGUGCCAGCAAUUUGAAGAGAAAAGACUCAACUUCCUGAAGGAGGUGCUUUUAGAUAUCAAGCGACAUUUGAACCUGGCAGAGAACAGCAGCUAUUCUAAAGUCUACCGAGAGCUGGAGCAGACCAUCCGCAUAGCUGAUGCGCAGGAGGACCUUCGGUGGUUCCGCAAUACUAGUGGCCCAGGAAUGCCAAUGAACUGGCCUCAGGUAGAGGAGUGGAAUCCUGAUGCAGCGCAAGCAGUAGCAAAGAAAGAGAAACCUAAAAAGAAUGAAGGAGGCAACACAUCCAGUGUUAGUUCAGGUGGGGAGGCAGCAGCCCAGUCUGGGGACCGUGGCAGUGUGAGCAGCUAUGACCGUAACCAAGCCUACGCUGCAGAGUGGUCAGAUGAUGAGGGUGGCAACACCUACAACUCAAGUGAAGCCAAUGGCGGUGCCAACUCCUUUGAGGAAGAGCCAGCUGCAAAAGGUGUGCGUGUACGAGCUCUGUAUGAUUAUGACGGGCAGGAACAGGAUGAACUGAGUUUCAAAGCAGGUGAUGAAUUAACCAAAUUAGGUGAAGAAGAUGAACAAGGAUGGUGCAAAGGUCGUCUGGACAACGGGCAACUUGGUCUUUAUCCAGCUAACUAUGUGGAGUCUAUCUAGUUCUGUCAUGUUCUCGUCACUGCUGUCAGAAAAACCAACCAACCUUCUGUCAACUCCCAUUACUCUUUGCCAGCCAAGUAGCCAUCUUGCUGUCCAGUCAUUCAGCACAGUUAGAGAUCUAAACAUAUUUUCCAAUCAAUCUUUUAUUUUUUUAAUAGCCAUCUCUGAAGAGUAUUUUGUGGUCGCUUUAAUCUUUUUUUUAGAUAAUGAGAAAUUAAAGGUCGACAUUGUCUAUUGAGGGCUUGUUUUGUAAGUGAAAGCCAAUACCUCAAGCCUUUAAAGCCUAACCAACAAGACUUCUGAUUGGUUGGUUUUUAAGGAUAAUGUAUUGAUGAGCCACCUUCCAAUUGGCUUGAACUAUUUGAAACUUCUGGCACUUUAGCUUCUGGGGCCAAUCCAAUUCACUCUCUUUGAAUAGACUGAAGCAAGCAAGAACAAGGAAGAAAUGAAGUAUACCCUGCCCCCUUUGAUUUGUUAUUCCUCUCCACCUGCUCUGUGUUUUCUUUAUUGUCUUUCCUUAUUUUUAAAAGCAAAACAGAGAUACCCUUUGCCUUCUCCAGGACAUCCCAGUCAAUAUUCUUGUGCUGUAAUAUUGUAUCAUCCAGAUAAUCUCCCAGAGUCAUCACAUUAAUUGAAGUAUUGUAUGUGUGUGCUAUGAAUUACUCCAGAGAGCCGCGAGAUCCCUUUUUCUCCUUCAGAUUGAAGCAUGAUGUGGCUAUUUAUUCUACUGACUUGAGACAGAACAAGGCUCUGAGCUCAAGAUGGACACCCUAUGCAAAUUAUCAAAGUAUUUCUCACCGGCUCCUUUCUCCUAGCGCCUCUUGAGGAACUGGAUUGCAUUGCUGGAGACCUGAUCAGAUAGUGGUGGAGCGGAUGCAUCCCUUCAGUAUAUGUGCAUAACACAGAUUUCUCUGUUUUUUCCAUUCUAAGAAAUGUCUAUUGAGGCAGGAGAGCAAUGAAAUGCAAAACAUGAAAGCUAAUGGCUUACCUACACACUCAAGACAGACUGACCACCAGCCUUUGACAAAGAAGAGUGUUUGUUUUAUAUAGUUUCCAUUACCUUGCUUUAAAAAGAGAUCAUUUUUCCUCUUUGAAACAAGAUAACUGGUUAAGCUGUUGCACAUGAUUGAGAUGCUGCUGGAAGCAUAUCUCUGUAUGGAAUCAAGGCCAAGGAUUGCAUUCCAUAAAGUACUAAAACAUUUAUUUAUAAUAUCAAGUACUGACAAGCUGGUUUCUAAUAUCAUGCAGUUGUUUUUUAAUAUCAUGCAGACUGGAUAGGAUUGGAGAAUGCAUCUUGCUGUCAAUUGGAGCAGGGGGACAUCAGUGUACAUAAUGCAUGAUGAAGGAGGCAUGCUGUCAUCAGUGUGGAAUCACAGUGUGGCAUAUCACUUGGAAGGCAUUCAGACAUGGGCUUGUGAUAGAUGCUGUUAGAGGUGUCAGACAGAUGUUGUCUCAAAGACAGAAGAAAGAAGAAAUCAGUUGUGUGCAGAAGUGCAAAACUGAUGCAUAUUUGCAACAAAAUCUAUAUAUGGAUUUUGUGCAUACUUCAGAGACAGGCAUGCAGCCUAGUGAUUGAAGGCUUACAGAAAUCAGUGAGUAUAAAACAAGAUGCUAUGUCCCUUGGGUCCUUUGACACUACACAAUUAUAGCACUAUGAUUCCAUUUUAACUGCCAUGACAACACCCUAUGGAAUCUAGAGAUUUGUAGUUUGGUGAGGCCCUAGAGCUCUAAGUGGCCUUCCUAAGCUGGAAAUCCUAGGAUUCCAUAGGGUAUUGUCAUGGCAGUUAAAGUGGGAUGAUAGUGUUAUAAUCAUGUGGCAUGAAAAAGUCUAUAGAGGCAGAAGGCUGGAUGAAUAAGAGGAGUUUCCAUUAAUGAUAUCCUGAGGAAAAUGCUUAAUCUAUUUUGAAACUUCUUCCUAGAUGGACAAGGCCCAAAUCUAAUUGUUAAUCACAACUAAAAUAGACCCAUUGAAUCAAUGGGGACUUGGUAAAUCUAGACAUAUGUACAUUUAAUUGAUUUACUAGAGCAAUAGAAGUUGGGAACUAAGAGAUUUCGGCUUAAGUGAUCUAUAAACUGCAUGAAAUGCAAGAAAGGAACUAGAAAGUAUGUUUCUGUUGAAAUUCCUUUAUUCCUGGGCUUACAAAUCAAACAGUCCAAACCCUUUGAAGUGAGGGCAGUGAAAUCUGAUACCUAAAGGUCAGAUUUGUCAAAUAUAAUCAAUAUAAAGGUAGGUGAUUAGGGAGGGGGGAGAGAUGCAAAAUUACUGUUCAUACUGGAGACCAGAAAUUGGUUCUUCAGGUAGUUUCUGUCUGUAAGGUCUAUGUAUGUAGACCUGUGUGGCCUAUGAUUCUAGAUUAUCCUAAUGUGAUAUUUUGCGACUUUUCAGCAGGUGGGAUCCAAACAUCCUUCAGCUUCAGUAAUCUUUAUUGGCUAAUAAAUGAGGCUCCUUCACUAUUUUCAGGUGUCCCCAGAAUGCUUAGUAAUUUGAAUCUUUCAAAAAGUAUUUGUCCUGUCUGAGAACAGGACCUGAGCUUGAGCCCUAAAAAUGAGAAUAAAGAAAGAAGUGAAAAUAUUUUACUACCUAGAUAUUGGCCAACUAUACAACUCACUGAGACGUUCUGUCCCACUGAGCAUAAUUCCUAUUAAUUUCUAUGGAGGCUGUAUGGGAGAACUUCAUGGUGGUAUUUCUAUAUUUCAUUUCCUAAAUACUGAUAUGGCAGCACAAAUGUCUUCAACCAUUGUCAUCAGCAUCAUGGUGGCAGUAGCAUAGAUUCGUCUUGUUAACUACAAUACUCAUUGAAUACAAUAAGAAAAAGCACAUGUGGUGCACCUCACACUAUGGCUUCCUCUCUGGAAGGAGCAUCUAUUUACAUAAGAAGAGUUGUAUUUCCAGAAAAGGUCCAUCCAUGAACAGACAUUGAACCUUCUGUUAUAUUGGAUGCAAUCAAUAAAAAUAAGAAACCAUUCUAUCAAGGAAAGUUAAAACAGAUAACCAAAAGAGAAGGAAGAUAAUUGCUGAAAGGACUACUGAUGAAGUAGAAUAAGAUGCAAUUGUUUUAAGGCUGCAUGAGGAAUAUGUGAUCUUCCAGAUCUAUGAGGCUACAAUCACCAUAAUCCAUGACCUGCUGACUGGACCUGAUGGUAGUCCAAAUCCAACAUCUGCAGGGCCAUAUUUUCCCCAUCUUCACUUUAAAAGUAUAUUUUAAAUUAUAACUGUGUCGCCCCCUUGAAAUCUAAUAUUUUAACGUAUUUCUUCAAAGUUAAUUAUUCAGUUGUUUGAAUAAUUGAUUUUUAAAAAUAGCUGAUUUCACACAAGCUUUUUUAAGCAAAAGUUCUUUCUUCCCCAAAAGGAUGGAAGCUGCAGUUAUCACUGUUUAUUUCCCCCUGUAUUUUUAUCUUCCCAGUCUUCCUUGACAUGGGUGGAAAAUCUUCUCUUUUACUCUAAGACAUGUUUCCCUUGCAGUCUUCUUGUUUCUGAAGCUAGAAAGGCUAAUGAUGACAUAGUUGAGUGAAGUUUUGGUGGCUCCUUUCCCAAUUUCUUUUCUUCACAAUAGCAAAUUAUCCCUUGUAUAAAUGGUUGCAUAUCAUCCAUGUUGCACAUCAGCUGGGCUUGUCCCAUCUUUGAUUGACAUAUUUUGAAGUGAUGGAAUCAGGUGAAUCCAUCAUACAGCUACCUCCCAUUAACCAACCAUACUUCCCCAAUUUCCCCCCAGAUAUGUUGGGCUAUAAUUCCCAGCUUCCUGAGCCAAGUUGUAGGAGAUUGGGUUACUAACCUGUUCUCUUCACACAAUCACAUCUUGGAAAUCCCAUGACAUCUAUUUCUGUUUUCUAGAAAUCUCCUUUUCAGUAUCUGGUUGCAGGCUAUGUUCAUCUGAUUAACGGUACCCUUUUACAUAUUAUCUGUCCUCCCAGGGACCCUACAGGGGCUUAAACCUAGUGUAGUUUUAUCCUAGUUUAUGCUCUUUUUCAUGGUAUGAGUCCCAAAGUUUUUCCUUAGACGUCAGUAGUCAGCCUCUUGCACAAUGGUCCCUUGGUUUCUGUAUGGACAUCUACAAUUGUUCCUCCUUGGCUGCAGUCUGUUUAUCUUACAGAUUAUUGGACCCAGUGACCAAGUGUAAUUCCUGAAUGAUUAAAACAUGCUGCAUACUGGAUAAUGUAGACAAGAUUUUUCCGACCUUCCAACUUUUGUUUUGUUUUGUUAGGUUAAGAAAAAAUUUGGGGAAUGCUGUUGUCUCAGCAAUGCACCUGUUUUUUGUACUAUGUGUAAUUUAAAACUAAAAGGUGUGUGUGUGUGUAUGUAUGUAUAUAUAUAUAUAUAUACACACACACACACACACACACACACACACACAAACACACACACAUAUAUAUUGUGACUGUAUUACUGUGUAUACAAAAAAGAUGACUGAUCUAUGUAAAUGUUAUAUGGAUUUUAAUUCUUGUUUGAUUCUCAUGCUCUUAACAUCUCCUGAUGUAGAUGUAACUGUCAUGUUUACAAGAUGAGCUUUGUUGCUGAGAUUGAUCAGGCCACAGGUGUGAACAAGAGGACAGCAUGAUAGCUGAUGCAGAGCUUCCUACCUAAAUUCCCUUUUGCUCAGAUUUCCAGCUGAUGAUUCAGCUAGGCCUGAUGCUAAAAAACAUACUUUGACAUGUCUGAUGCCAGAGUCAUGUGGCUCAAAGUGUGAGGAAGUUCUGUUUCUCUUUGGUUCAGAAUGUCUUAAUGGCAGGUGAUGGCUUUCUGGUCUGUGGGCAGUGGCAUGAUUAGGGUGGUGAGGUAGUGUGGACCAUACCAGGUGACAUCCCAGAAGAGAGGUGACACCUGGCUGAGUCCUACCGCCCCCCCCACCUUCCUCCUCAGCACUGUUUUACUUGUGAGUAAAGCAGAGCCGGGCAGGGAGAAAGAAGGCCCAGUGCACCCCACCUCCCUGCCUGGUGAUAUUUUACUCACAAGUAACAUGGGGCCAGGCAGGGAGGAAGAGGCUGCACCCUUUUUGGCCCCAUCUCCUGAAGCCCCACCCCCAAAGCUCCCCCUGAGCUGGAUGGUACCCAAGGCUGGGACGCCAUUGCCUGUGGGGUGGAGAAUUCACUCCAGGCUCUAGUCUGAACUUCAAAGGAAUGAUCCAAAGUAUUGAACUUUAUCCCCAAAAUAGGUUCAAUGCUUUGGUCAGCAACCCAGAGCAAACUCACAGCUCAACUGACAGAGAAGCCACCUGCUGUCACUAUAACAUUCUGAAUGGAUCCCAGUCAAUCUGGGUAAGAUGGCUUCAGUUUUUACAAGAGACACUGAUUUCCAUCUUGCCUUGCUUUGCAUAGAAAGUGUUGGAUACAGACUUCCAUGACUCCUUAGUAAGGGAUGAGGUAGAAGAGCCAAAGGAAUCCAAUUUUGUAGGUUCUAGAGAUAGAAAAAGCUGAGAAAAAGCAGAUCCUUGAAGCAGCCAUUUCCCCCCAGUCUCUGUCCAGUAUGGAAUUUCAUAUAGAGAGGUUGGUGGAGAGGAGAGGAGGCCGUCCUGUUACAGGAACACAGGGACUGAAUGGGAAGGUUAGCCAUCAUUCAGUCUGGGUUUGUUGGCAGGCUUCCUCUCAGUGGAUGUACACAGUCAUAUCCUGGCCUUUCUCAAGUAAGACACAAGAAGGGGAAAUAAUGGUAUGUAUUAUAUGGAUGAGGAAGGAGGGUUUGCAAAAAGCCAGAAAAGCAUUUCCCAUUGAAAUAUGCCUCUUCCAGCCCCAAUCUUGCAAUGCCACCAAGGUAGGAAAGAUACAAACAUAACGGAGGCAUCUCCACUGCACUCUAACCCCUCACUUCCAUUCCAGUCCUUGGAUGGAAGUAGAAUUUUGUUUAUUGAGAGAGCCCUUGGCUGAUAUCCUUAUGACUGAUCCUCACACCUAUACCUGGAAUGGCAAUCAUGUCUGUUUCCAGACUGUCAGUAACACACAGGGAUGCAGGUGUGUAGAGGCUGAUAUACUGACACAUAUGUCUCUAUUGACUUUUAAGCUGCUGGUCACAGAAUAAAUUUUUGACUGCUUGCAACAAGAUGCUAAGAGUCAAAGCAGACUCUUUGCAAACCCUCUCUUUCACAUGGCUACAUAAUGAAAUUAAUAGACUGGCUGAGUGGCCACCAUGCUGGAACUUCUUAUGAAAAUCAGUGAUAAAGCUACUAUAGUCUAUUCAUUAUGUGGUCCAAUGGAAACAGAAUUAAUGCCAGGUAUGAAAAAAGUGAAAUAAAACUAUGACCCUCCUCAUCUUUUUUUUUUCAUAUUAAAGCUCUGUGGUUCUAAAGGAUGGAUUAAGUUAAAAACUAAUGUUACUGUCAGCCAAGCUACAUACUAGCAGAUGGAGAAUAAUGUACCUGUGUCAUGCCAGUCUGCCUCUUUUUCCAUAAAGAGCAAAAACUAUACUUAAGAAAUACAAUAAUAAAAGGAUUAUUUUAUUCA